GCCGCUUAGUACCAGAAAAUGACUCUGAGUGAGACAGAGAGAGAGGGAAGAUUCAAGAACAAGCUGCCACUGUGUCCCUGGAGCUUUAUAUGCAAAGAGGUUUUAAGAUGUGGGGUGAGUUGGCAUGGGUGCUACGAGGGGCAGCCCGCGUUGGGCAGGCCGCAGUUGAAGGAGGGUUAGAGAAGCUGCAAAUGGCUACUGACACAUCCACUCUGGGAUCUGGGAUUAAAACAGCGCAAGCCACUGCAGAACGAUGUGUAGGAACUUUGUUCACACGUUAUCAGGUCCAAACCUCUGAUUCUAGAGUACGUUCAAGCUCUCCUGAACAUGAUGCUGCCAAUUGGAGUGUUGCAUCAGAGUUUCCACCAGCAGAAGAAGUAGACCUUAGCAGUGAAGGUUCAACAAGUGUGAACCCGUCGAGUGAGCAUCCUCCUAAGAAUGGUCCUGGACAAUUCAGAUCAGGCAUUGGGAAGGUCGGGGACGUACGUUAUUACAGCACCAUAAGGGGAUUAACAGCUGAUGAACUCAGGAGAGCAAGAGAAGCAAAGUUGCAGAAGGGAGAUGAGGAACAAGGGAGGCCUACAAGGCAAAAGCUCAGUGAUAGAGCACGUGAAAGAAAGGUGCCCGCAUCUCGGAUGAGCAGAUUGGCAAAUUUUGGAGGUUUAGCAGUCAGUCUGGGUAUUGGCGCCCUCACGGAAGUAGCGAAGCAGUCUCUAAGUGGUGAAGAGAAGCAGAACGGCAGCCGUUCCUAUCUGGAGACAAACCCUUUCUUGACCGAGUCUAACGCGGAAAAGAUUGUAGAUACUCUGUGUAAGGUGCGGGGAGCUGCGCUGAAGAUUGGGCAGAUGCUGAGUAUCCAAGAUAACACCUUCAUCAGUCCCCAGCUGCAGAAGAUCUUUGAGCGCGUCAGGCAGAGUGCCGACUUCAUGCCAACGUGGCAGAUGAAUAAAGUUCUGGAGGAGGAGUUGGGACUUGGAUGGCGGGAACGCUUUGCUUUCUUUGAGGACAGACCAUUUGCUGCAGCUUCUAUCGGCCAGGUGCAUCUCGCCAGGCUUCCUGAUGGUCGUGACGUUGCCAUGAAAAUUCAGUACCCAGGAAUCGCUCAGAGCAUUAAAAGUGAUGUUGAGAAUCUGCUUUCAAUCCUGAAAUUGAGUGUCGCUUUUCCUGAAGGUCUCUUUGCUGACAGCAGCGUGCAGAUUCUACAGAAAGAGCUUGCUUGGGAAUGCGAUUACAUCCGUGAAGCACAAUGUGGCAAAAAGUUUAGGCAGCUGCUGAAAGAUGACCCUUUCUUCUACGUGCCGGAGGUGAUAGAUGAGCUCACAACUAAACGAGUACUAACUAUGGAGCUUGUGUCAGGGGUACCACUGGACCAAUGUGCCGAACUGGACCAGGACACACGGAACCAGAUAUCAUACAACCUAAUGCGUCUCAGCCUGCAGGAAAUUUUUGAGUUCCGCUUCAUGCAGACCGACCCCAACUGGUCUAACUUCUUCUAUGAUGCAGAGAAAAAUAAAGUGACACUGUUGGAUUUUGGUGCAAGUCGAGAAUUCGGAGAGGAAUUUACUGAUGAUUAUAUUGAGGUUGUGAAGGCAGCGGCAGAUGGGGACAGGGAAAAGGUUCUGCAGAAAUCUCGGGAUCUUAAAUUCCUUACAGGGUUUGAAACAAAGUUACUUGAAGAAGCUCACGUGGACGCUGUGAUGAUCCUAGGAGAACCAUUUGCCUCUGAGAAACCCUUUAAUUUUGGAACUCAGGACACCACACGCAGAAUCCACGACCUGAUUCCUGUCAUGUUAAAGCAUAGACUUACUCCUCCCCCUGAGGAGUCUUAUUCACUGCACCGCAAAAUGGCCGGAGCCUUCCUUGUGUAUGCCAGGCUUCGCGCAGUAAUGUCAUGCAAGGAAGUGUUUGACGAGAUCUAUCGUGAAUAUAGGGAGAGGCGUACAGGAGGAAAUCGAGGGGCAGCUUCCAGUUAAAAUGAUGUUACCCACUGUCUGUCCAGAAUGAGCUAGCAGUACCUAUAGUUAACUUAUUGUGUACCAACUUUACAGGGUUCGUGGUUUAACAGGAGGCCAAGUCAAGGGUCUCUUGGGAGAUAAAAAAUGUGUGUGUGUAUAUAUAUAUAUAUAUAUAUAUAUAUAUACAAAACAGAAGGGAGGCACUCGCUGGUCAUUUCAAAUCAAGUGAUUUAAUACAUGUGACAUUUCGGGGACAUGCUCCCCUUCCUCAGACCGUCUGAGGAAGGGCAGCGUGUCCCCGAAACAUCAAAUCUAUUAAAUCACUUGAUUUAAAAUGACCAGUGAGUGUCUGCCUUCUGUUUCACGAAUACUACCUGCUGGCACCCUGGUGAAUGACUGAUAGUUGAGAGUGCACUAUACUUGACUUUUUAUAUAUAUAUUAGCAUAUUGAUAUCAAGCAACCUAAACCAAUACACAGAUAUAAAAUAAUUAUACACAUUUUUUGAUUGCCGGCUUUUUCCCUGUCAACAAUAGCCCAAACAAUUAAUGUUUCCAUUUUUUAGCAAAAUUACUGGCAAAUAUUUGCAUUUUUGUCUUUUUGAGCUAUAACAAUGAUGGGUGAAUUAGUAUCACCAAAGAUCUUAUAUUUUUAUUUUUUUAUUUUAUUUUUCUGUUUUUAAAUAUGCGCCUUGAAUAAGGCAACUUGUUAUAAAAAUAGUAUAAAGACAUAUAAACCACUAUUUUUAUGUCAUUAAUUAUUAAUAAUAUAUUUUAUUUAAAUUGAUUAUUUUUUUUAAAUAAUUGCUGGUGACAUCUCUCUAUUUUAAUUUAAAUAUUCUAUCUAGACUCUAUAUGUGGGAAUAUGAUUAAUCUCUCAGGGGUGGGCAAUUAUCGGCCCUCCAGAUGUUAUGGACUACAUCUCCCAUGAUGCUUUGCCAGCAUUAUGGCUGAAAGAGCAUUAUGGGAGAUGUAGUCCAUAACAUCUGGAGGGCCAAUAAUUGCCCACCCCUGAUUAAUCAUAUUCACACAUAUAGAUUAGAUUAUGUAAAUUUAUUUUUUUUUACAAGGGCCGCAAGCUAUUGCAGAAUUAUUUUCAUACCCAGAGAUCCUUUAACCUAAUAAAAAAACUUGGAAAAAUGUAUGCGAGGCUACAGUGACAUAUUUUGAGGUUGAUAAUAUAAAUUGAAAUAGUACAUUUUAAACUAAAAAUAUCUUUAUUGGUUAACAUUAUUUGUACACUGCCGGACCAUGACAAUAUCUGUGUGCUGCUCUCACUGAAAUAUCAUUUCUCCACUAAAGAACAAAAAAAUAUAUAUAUAUUCAUUGCUUGGGUGUAUAUGUCAUGUGUAAAUGCGUAGAUGUACUUUUAUUAAAUUAUUUAUACACUUA